AUGUCGCCCUCCGCAGCCUCCACCAGCAAACGCAAGAAGUUCGCUGAAGAAUCCGGUCUCUCCCACCUCCUCUCCCUCUCCCACUCCAUCACCGACGCCCAAUCCCAACUCCACCAGCACCGCAUCGACUCCAAAAAGAACCAACUCCAGGCGAUCAAGCUCAAAAAGCAGGACGAGAAGGAUCGCAGAUCUCAAAAAGCCUCUACACAAGAUGUUGUGGGGAAAAAGGUGAAGAGCAAAGCCGAGAUCAAGGCUGGGUUGAAGGUGCAGGCGAGGGAGAAGGCGAGGUUGAGGAAGGAGAGGAGGAAGCUGCAAGGUGGCAAGGAAGCGGCAGAACAGAAGGUGAAGGAUGAAGGAGGGAAGAAGAAGAGGGUCUCGUUUGCGAUUGCGUGA